AUGGCGUCGGAAACAACUCAAAGCUUCGGCAGCAACGGCUUCGACCCGUUUGAGCAGAACAUCACCAUGCACCAGGCAGAUGGCACCCCGUUUCUCGUGCCUGUGAACUCCGUGGAUGCGUGGCUCCAGUACUGCAUCCGCAUCUGCAUCAACUACGGUUGCCAAAUGGGCGCCUCGGCCGUCCUGCUCAUCGUCCUCAUACUACUCACCAGAGCCGAGAAGCGUUCCUCUGCCAUUUUCUGGUUGAACACCCUGGCUCUAGUCACCAACGUUGCCCGCCUGCUCUGCCAGCUCAUCUAUUUCACCGGCCCUCUUGUCCGCCUGUACCCUAUUUUCGCCUCAGACUACUCCAGGGUCCCCCAAUCUACCUAUGCAGGCUCGAUUGUAGGUGCUGCCUUUGCAUUCCUUGCUGUCGUCUUCAUGGAAGUUUCCUUGGUCCUGCAGAUCCAGGUGGUCUGCGCGACUCUCCGACGCUGGUAUCGACUGAUGCUCCUGGUGGCGUCUACUCUCGUGGCCAUGAUUCCUAUUGGAUUUCGCUUUGCUUUGCUUGUGAUCAAUUCGAUGUCGAUCAUGGAUCUCGAAGUCAUUUCGUCUACUUGGCUAGAAAACGCCGCCAAUGUUGUCGUUACUGUCAGUAUCUGCUUCUUUUGCACUGUCUUUGUCGUCAAGCUGGGGUUCGCUAUCAAGUUACGCAAGAAGCUUGGUGUGCGAGAGUACGGUCCCAUGAAGGUUAUCUUUGUCAUGGGAUGUCAGACCAUGAUAAUUCCAGCCAUUUUCUCGAUCCUGCAGUACAUCGUCCACGUCCCCGAGCUCUACUCCAACGUCCUAACCGUCGUCAUCAUCUCCCUCCCUCUCUCCUCCAUCUGGGCCGGUUACACCUUCGAGCAAAAAAGCCGCGUCGCCAGCCGCACCUCCGACUCCCACCGCCACCUCAUGAAUUUGAACAGCUACAACCCCAUGAGAACAAAGAUGUUGUCGACGUCGCUUUCUACCGAUGCCACGGCGAGGAAUAGCAUUGAUGCGAAUGCUACGUGCUACGUAACGCUCAGCCCGACUAGGCAAAUUGAUCCGGAGUUGUCGAAGUAUGGGAUUUCGGUUAAGCAUGAUUAUUCCGUGCAGAGUCAUCACAAGGAUGGGGGUGAAGUUUAA